AUGUCAGCGGAAUCUCGACCCAUCACUGCCGCCCGCUUCGCUGCCGCGCUGACCGAGCUCCCCAUCUCCAGCCUGCACGCCAAAAUCGCCGAACUCAAGAACUCCAUCUCUCAUUUAGAGAAGUCCAACGCUGAGCUAGAAGAGUACGUCCGCCAGGAGAGCGAUCGCGACUGCUAUGAGGCACUGGUUGAGAACAAGGAGGUGAUCAGGCGGAUGGAGGAGAGAAUCGAACUGGUUAAGAAGGAG